AUGGCGACCCACGAACAACUCCCCUCGACCUCCUCUCGAGCACCCCUUGACCCUACCAUAACCAAUGCCCCAAUCCGCAUCGGCACGCGGCGGUCUGCCCUCGCCAUGGUCCAAGCCGAGAUGGUCGUCGCAGCACUCAAGGAUGCGCACCCCGAGAAUACCUAUGAGAUCCACGCCAUGGCUACGAUGGGCGACAAGAACCAAGUGACAGCUCUGCAUGAGUUUGGCGCGAAGAGUCUCUGGACGCAUGAGUUGGAGGCGCAGCUACUGGAUGGGGACCUAGACUUCAUUGUCCACUGCUUGAAGGAUAUGCCGACCCAAUUACCGAAUAAGUGUAUUAUUGGGUGUAUCAUGGAGAGAGAGGACCCCAGGGAUUGUGUCAUCAUGAAGAAAGGGCUGGAGUAUAAGACGUUGUUGGAAUUACCAGAGGGUGCGGUCGUAGGAACGAGUAGUGUGAGACGGAGCGCGCAGAUCAAGAAGGCGUAUCCGCAUUUGAAGUUUAAGGAUGUGAGAGGCAAUCUGGGAACGAGAUUGGGGAAGCUGGAUGCUGAAGAUGGGGAGUACUCGUGCUUGAUUCUGGCAGUGGCUGGUGUGGUGAGGAUGGACUGGACAGAGAGGAUUACACAGUACUUGGACUCGACGACGCCGGGUGGGGGAAUGUUACAUGCUGUUGGUCAGGGAGCACUUGCAAUUGAGGUUCGGGAGGGAGAUGAGAAGAUCAUGAAGGUAUUGAAGGUCUUGUCGAACGAGCCUGCGACUUUGUCAGGUAUUGCUGAGCGAAGUCUGAUGCGUACCUUGGAGGGAGGAUGCAGUGUGCCAAUUGGUGUUGAGACGACGUGGAUCGAGAGGGGCAAGCUCUUGAUGAAGGCUAUUGUAGUUAGUCUAGAUGGAAAGGAGAGCGUGGCUGCAGAGCGAUUAGACGAGAUUCUCAACGAGAAGGAUGCAGAUGAGUUUGGGUGGAAGCUGGCGCAAGAGCUGGUCGAGAAGGGAGCUGCCAAGAUCCUGGAGCACAUCAAUCUCAACCGACCCAUCAUCAAGGAAGCAGGUGGAGCAUAG